GCUCUCCAGCAGGCAGCAGUCGCGCUCCAAUUGUCCUCUGGAGUCCACGCAGUGUGGGAGCAGCAUCUCUCGGACCUGCACGGAACACAAACCCCGCCAGUGUGCGUGAGAGCCGCGGGGACAUUAAAUGAGUGGCGGGACACCUGCGAGAAGAUGUCUUCGUCACUGAGCGGGACGGAGGAGGCGCGCACGUCGACGUUGACGCCCCUGAAGUUGGUGGGUCUGGUGUGCGUCUUCCUCGCCUUGUGCCUGGACGUGGGCGCCCUGCUCAGUCCCGCCUGGGUCACGGCCGAGGACCAGUACUACUUGUCGCUGUGGGAGAGCUGCUGGAAGCCCGUCAGCUCCGUGGAAUGGUCCUGCAACACAACCCUGGCCACCGCUGCGGACUCUCUUGCCUCCUCCCAAUGGCCGCCCCCGACUGUCGGAUGCUUACACCGUGGAGGAAGAGGAAAAAAAAAAUAUCAGCCCGGCUGCCUUGCCUCGUCGAGAAACGUGGCUUCCAUCGGAGACACUGGCGGUCACCACACCCCUCCAACUUUCAGACUGGCAGAUCGCCACGCUGGCCUUGCUUUUGGGCGGCGCCGUCCUCACGCUGCUCUCCUUCCUGGCGGCCCUGCUGUCCCUCUGCUGCAGCUCCAGGAGUCGCUGCUACAAGCCCGUGGCCAUCAUGCUCUUCUCUGCAGUGGUGCUCCAGCUGUGCAGUCUGGUCCUGUUCCCCAUCAAGUUCAUAGAGGCGGUGACUCUGCGGGUGUACCAUGAGUUCAACUGGGGCUACGGCCUGGGCUGGGGGUCUACCAUCUUCUCCUUCGGAGGCGCCAUCCUCUACUGCCUCAAUUCCAAGAACUACGAAGACUACUACUAGAGAACUUUCUGGGGGGAAGAAACACGGCAUGCUCAUGUUUACCUUGGGAUUAUUAGUUACAAAUGAAUCCAAGUAGUAUUUCUCUUUAGACGCAUCACGUGACUUCACAGGUCUCCAGGAAGGAAGAGGGAGUUGGACCAAACAGGACACAAACACUGCAUUCCUGUGAAAUAUCAGGACAUUAUGAAAGAUGGCAGAUGAUCAGUGGAUGCCUCAAGCAUCUCAUGUGAUGCCUGAAAUGCUCGUUUUGGUCAAAGACGAUCAUUGUAGUGAUGAAACACGGCUGUCUGUGUUGCAGUAGUGAAUGGUGACACUGCAUGAAGAUUAUUUAAUUAAAAAGUUACUUCCAAUACCAAAA